CGUUCAGUGAGACGAGUGUGUGCUGCAAAGUCAUAUUUUUGAACCGUAUGGAACGCCAUAUUAACGUUCAUCUGGUUGUGCGAGGUCGUUUGCAUCUGCGUCUGUCCUCUCAGCAUCAAUUUACGAUACGUUUAUAUCCGAACACUACCUUGAGAUGUCCGGCUUGGGAAAGUUACGCGUCGCUGUCAUCGGGGCCGGCGCUGCGGGAUUGUGCGCUGCCCGCCAUCUUCUCUCUCGACCAGACACAUUUGCGCCACCUGUAGUGUACGAAGUGACCAAGAACAUUGGAGGGACGUGGGUCUAUGAGGAAAAAGUGGGGUAUUACGACAAUGGCUUACCCAUCCACAGCAGCAUGUACAGGGACCUCAGAACCAAUAUUCCUAAGGAGGUGAUGUCUUUCCCUGAUUUUCCAUUUGCUAAACAUCUCCCCUCAUUUGUCCAUCACACCGAAGUGAGAAAAUAUCUUGAAGAGUACUGUCACCAUUUUCGUCUGUGGGACCAUAUAAAGUUUGGCACCACGGUGGCCUCAGUGACUCCAGUGAAAGUAAAGGAUGGUUGGAAUGGGUUGGCUUGGAAUGUCACUUCCAAUGAUGGCCUAGACCAAAGCAAAUCUACUACGGAGAGAUUUGACGCUGUUAUGGUGUGUAAUGGACAUUUUUAUGAUGCAUACAUCCCUGCAAUACCUGGACUGGAAAAAUUCAAAGGGACCCUGAUGCACAGUCAUGAUUACCGAAAUGCUGAACCUUUGGCUGGAAAAUCAGUGGUUCUGCUUGGAGCUGGUCUUUCUGGGCUAGAUAUUGCCAUGGAGCUCUCCAAUGUUGAUGCUAAGGUUAUUCUAAGUCACGGACAGCAUCCUUUGACAUGUUCCCUCCCUUCAGGAGUCCAGCAGGCUCCUCCAGUCACUUCUUUACUAGAUGAUGGCUCUCUGGAGUUCAAAGAUGGGAGGAGGGCCAAGCCAGAGGUGUUCCUGAUGUGUACAGGCUACAACUUCACCUUUCCUUUUCUGGAUGAGAAAGUGGGUGUAAAAGUCCAAGAGCACCUAGUCUGGCCACUCUACAAAUUCCUAAUACCUCCAGCCUACCCAUCACUCUUUAUAGUGGGCAUCUGCAGAGCUAUAUGCCCCUUCCCACAUUUCCACAUUCAGUCUCAGUUUGUCCUGUCAGUAUUAGAUGGCUCCUUCUCCCUUCCAACACGCGAGGAGAUGGAGAAAGACAUUGAAUUGGACAUUGCCGCCCGCCGUGCUCGUGGGAUUUCCACCCGCCACAUCCUUAAACUGGAUUCUGAGCAAUGGGCCUAUAAUGAUCAGCUUGCCCAGCUGGGAGGAUUCCAGCCCCUCCCUUACUUUUGGAGCAAUCUGUAUGAAUCCAACAAGAUGUUCCGUGCUCGAGACAUGCUCAAUUACAAGACCUUCAACUACACCGUCCUCAGUGAAACGGAGUGGGCAGUGCACAAUUUCCAUGGCCAGCAGUUACAGAAUCCUCUGCCUGUUGAAAAACAAAUUUAAGCUGUGAUGGGAAAGAUACACUAUUAUUAAGGUGCUAACAGGCAUUGUGCCAAUGUAGCAAGUAAUAUUAGGAUAUUAACAAAAUCCUCAAUAGUGAUAUGUUUUACAAUUUUUUUUAAACAUAACCAUACUAUUUUAUUUUUAUAAUAUAGUUGACACUAUCUAAAUUACAUUUUGUACGAUUCUAAUUCUGUUAUUUGUAACAUGCACUCAUUAAAAGUGUAGAAUCAGCUACUUUUACAAUAAAUGAUAUGUCAUGUAAAAGUACUCAGUCUGUCAAAUUAUAGAGUCAUCUAAAAACAUGUCAUGUAAGGCUUGGUACUGUAAAGUAUUUACACAUUG